AUGGGGAAGUCUACAUCAUUGAAGGUUGUCUCAACGACUGCCAACAAGGCGGGCGGGUCCACACCCAAAUCGGUUUCUGUCGCCAAAAAGAGCGGAGAGAAAAGAUUGGAAAAUGCAUCUGCAGUUGAUUUACGUCAACCUAAGGAUAGGGAUCCUAGUGUCAACAAUGAUUCGGAGAUUCAAGAGCUGAUUGCAUCUCUUCCACCACUGAUUGACUUUGGUUUAUCUACUCACGACUUGGUUGCUAUCGGCUACGACUAUAAUUCAACUAAGAUUUCAUUUGGCAACUCCAUUUUCAAUCAAUGGAUGGAAAAUCAUAACAAUCGGUGGACUCAAGCGCUCCCAAGGUUUGACAGCCCGUUCAAGGACCUCUACGCUAACUAUUCAAUUGAAGGUAGGGUUAACAUGCUAUUCGCUCAAUAUGCAAACGAUUGGCGGCGAGUGUUGAAAUUCCUAAUUUCGCUUUUUGAUGAUGGCGCUUUGGGAAAUGUGAAAAAAAUACAGAAUACACAUGGGGUGGAGAUUCACAAGGGGGUCAAAAAGAUAUUCGAUCCUGACUACGAGGAUUCUGAGGAGGAAGAUGAUCCGACGGGGGACAAGGACACUGGCCUUGUCAAUAAGUUCGGCCAACCCAACAGGUGGGACUCUGACAAAACAGUGGACAACAAUCCAAACGACAGGAGGAAAAACAUGGACAUAGAUGACGAUCUUGACUCCAACAAUGAUGGCAUUUACGAGGAUGACGAUGACAAGGACGUUGGGGAGGAGGAUGACGAUGAUACUGACGAAUCGGCCAAGGAUUCUGUCAUUCUUGUGGAAAGUACCUACCAGACUACGGAUAAUGAUAAAGAUGAUGACAACGACAACAUGGGCCCGAAUACCAACAAGGCAGUUUCCGAAUUGACCGGCGUUACCGGUGAAGACAAGGAUCCCGAAUUGGCGUCCCCGCCGAGGAAGAAGGGACGGUCCCACAGGGUUUCCGUGGUGGAUCAGCCAACAGAAAUGGAGGUGGACGGGGGCUCUUUCAGUGAAGCCGGUGCUAAACGUACACAUUCAGUGUCUGCUUCACAAUCAACCAACAAACCCGCACAGAAAACGGACACUACUUCCACGAAGCAAAGCUCUAAAGCCAAACGCAGACUACAACGCAGCUUGACACUGCACGAACGCCUAGAUGGGUUGCGCCAAGUCAAUUUGGACGGCAUGGACGGCCAGGCUAUUCUGGUUGCACUAGGAAUGCCAUACAACUAUCAAGGCCAACAAGGGGGAAAUAAGACCCACGCCUCUAUUAUAUUGAACCAUAUUCUGGAUACAUUGGCAGACGUCCUAAAGAACACGGAGGAGACGAUUCGCUUUCUUCCCUUGUCUGACAGCGCUUAG